AUGGGUAAAUACGAUACAUACGGAUUGCCGUUAGCAGUGCAGAUUUGGGUGUAUGAGACAGUUCCUGUACUGGGGGCCCGCUUUGCACAGCGAGGGGAGACACGCUGCCCUCGGAUGCAUCAUUGGAGAUCAUCGCGAGCGGAGGGAUGUCCCACCGGGAAGCAGUUAUCGGCCCUCCUCGACGAUCCUCAGCUUGAAGUCAUACCUGAGUUGACGCCAUCGAUGGAAGAGGAGGCUCGGGGUCUUGUGCGGGAUUUAGGCGUUCCGCACACCCCAGACGAGGAGAUGCCUGAUCCGAGCUUGGACCGAGAUUGGGAGGGCGGUCCAGCUGAUCGACGAUCACCUCCGUCGGGGCCAUCGCCGCCACCAUUGGCAUCAUCUCCGCCGAGAGUAUCGUCCCCGCCAUUGGCAUCACCUCCGUCCAGACACCUCCCCCGUGUGUCUCCCGGGCACAGUGAUGAUUUGUAUGCUCGUUUGAUUGGAUUUAUAGCAGAGGAGGUCGGCGCGCUACGACGAGAUUUGACGGAGAGGGUCGAUGAUUUGGGACGAGAGUUGACAGGGAGGGUCGACGAUCUGGCGGGGAAGGUUGACUAUAUGACAGGGAGGGUCGACGAUAUGUGACGAGAGUUGACAGGGAGGGUUGACGAUCUAUCCCAUGAUGUUGGAAUACUACAGUCUUCCGUUGUCGACCUUCAGGAUACAAUAGCGGCGCUUAGGGGAGAUUUAGCCGGCAGACGAUGGGGAGACAGAGGAGAUGGCGGAGACCAUGAUCGA